AUGGCGCCCAGCGCCGUCUCACCUAAACCUGCGGUUUCAAAGUCCGCUAGCCAUGCUCUCUCCUCACUUACGAACACCUUUGACGAUACACUCCGCUUCUACCUCAAUGGCACACGCGUUGUGCUCGAUAACUUCGAUCCCGAAAUCACACUCCUCGAAUACCUUCGAGGCAUCGGCCUGACGGGGACAAAAUUGGGAUGUGCCGAGGGAGGUUGCGGAGCUUGUACGGUCGUCGUCUCUCAAUACAAUCCAACAACGAAGAAGAUUUACCACGCGAGUGUAAACGCCUGCCUGGCACCGCUUGAGCGAAUUGCUAGAUACAAUGGCAGUCAGUGUGGCUUUUGCACGCCUGGCAUAGUCAUGAGCUUGUAUGCCCUACUCCGAAAUGAUUCAAACCCAUCCGAGCACGAUGUGGAAGAGGCUUUCGACGGUAACCUUUGCAGAUGUACCGGGUAUAGGCCUAUACUUGAUGCGGCGCAAACAUUCAGUGCUGGGAUGUCUUGUGGUAAAGCUAAAGUUAAUGGUGGCGGUGGAUGCUGUAUGGAAAAUGGCGAUAAAUCUGGGGGCUGCUGCAAGGGCAAGGACAAUGACGACCAACCGAUCAAACGCUUCACGCCACCAGGCUUCAUCCAGUACAAUCCAGAUACUGAGUUGAUAUUUCCCCCUGCACUAACCAAACACGAGUUUAAACCUCUGGCUUUCGGCAACAAGAGGAAAAAGUGGUAUCGGCCCGUCACAUUGAAGCAGCUUCUGGAAAUUAAGAGUGUCUAUCCGUCUGCCAAAAUAAUUGGAGGGAGCUCAGAGACUCAAAUUGAAGUCAAGUUCAAAGGCCUUCAAUAUACUGCCUCGGUCUUUGUAGGCGAUAUCGCAGAGUUACGGCAGUUUUCAUUCAAGGAGGAUCACCUAGAAAUUGGCGGAAACGUCAUCCUUACAGACCUCGAGUCGAUUGCUCUCAAAGCUGUUGAGCACUAUGGUCCUGCGAAGGGUCAAGUUUUUGCAGCUGUUCAUAAGCAGCUCAAGUACUUUGCCGGCCGACAGAUACGUAAUCAAGGGACGCCAGCAGGAAAUAUUGCUACGGCAAGCCCGAUUUCUGACCUAAACCCAGUCUUCGUUGCCGCAAAUGCUAUACUGGUGGCAAAGUCAUUAGACGAAGAGAUAGAAAUCCCGAUGUCUCAAUUUUUCAAGGGCUAUCGAUUGACUGCUCUUCCGCCGGAUGCUGUAAUUGCCAGCAUUCGUAUUCCAGUUACGAAAGAGAAAGGGGAGUACUUCCAGGCUUACAAGCAAUCGAAACGAAAAGACGACGACAUUGCUAUUGUAAAUGCGGCUCUUCGGAUCUCGCUCAGUGAUUCCAACGUGGUUGAGAGUGCAGACUUAGUCUACGGAGGCAUGGCUCCAACAACAGUAGCUGCGAAGACUGCUGGAGCGUACCUCAAAGGCAAAAAGCUUACAGAUCCAGCAACACUUGAAGGCACUAUGAAUGCAUUAGAGCAGGACUUUUCUCUUUCCUUUUCUGUACCAGGAGGAAUGGCUACAUACAGAAAGUCAUUAGCCCUUGGUUUCUUUUAUCGCUUUUACCACGAGGUCCUCUCAAAGCUUGAAGUCAAUGACGUCGAGGUGGACGAGGAAGUCAUUGCUGAAAUUGAGAGGAUGAUCUCCACUGGCAAGGAAGACAAGGAUUCAACCAUUGCUUACAAGCAGAAUGUCCUUGGCCACGCCAAUAAUCACGUUGCUGCGUUGAAGCAAACUACUGGAGAAGCGCAGUACACUGAUGAUAUACCUGUUCAGAAGAAUGAGCUCUAUGGGUGUCUAGUUCUCUCAUCAAAAGCACGGGCUAAGAUAAUUUCCAUUGACUACUCUCCCGCCAUGGAAUUACCAGGCGUAGUUGAAUGGCUCGAUCACACGGACAUGCCUUCACCAGAGGCAAAUUGGUGGGGAGCUCCAGUGCGUGACGAGACGUUCUUUGCCGUCAACGAAGUCUUCACAACCGGACAGCCUAUUGGCGUUAUUUUAGCUGAUAGUGCGGCACAUGCUGCUCUUGGAGCACGAGCAGUCAAAGUAGACUAUGAGGAAUUACCUGCUAUCUUCACCAUGGAGGAAGCAAUUGAAAAGGAGAGUUUCUUCGAGCAUUUCCGAUACAUCAAUAAAGGUGAUGUGGAAGGAGCUUUCAAGGAUUCCGACCAUGUCUUCUCAGGAGUUACUAGAAUGGCAGGACAAGAGCAUUUCUAUCUCGAGACCAAUGCCUGCGUGGCCGUGCCUAAACCAGAAGAUGGAGAGAUGGAAGUCUUUGCGAGCACUCAGAACCCGACUGAGACCCAAACAUACGUUGCACAAGUAUGCAAUGUUGCCGCGAAUAAGGUCGUCAGUCGUGUAAAAAGGCUUGGCGGGGGGUUCGGGGGAAAAGAAACCCGGUCAAUUCAGUUGACUGGUAUCUGCGCUCUUGCAGCAAAAAAGACUGGGCGUCCUGUUCGAUGUAUGUUGAAUAGGGACGAAGAUAUGGUAACGUCCGGCCAACGACAUCCAUUCCUUGCACACUGGAAAGUUGGCGUCAACAAAGACGGAAAGAUACAAGCUCUCGAUGCAGACGUAUUUUGCAAUGCAGGCUGGUCACAAGAUCUUAGCGCUGCAGUUGUUGAUAGAGCUCUGUCUCAUAUUGAUGGUUGCUAUCUCAUCCCAAAUGUUUCUGUUCGGGGCCGUUGUUGCAAAACCAACACAAUGUCAAACACAGCUUUCCGCGGAUUCGGUGGACCUCAAGGCAUGUUUAUUUCCGAGUCUUACAUGGAGGAAAUCGCGGAUCGUCUCUCCAUACCGGUCGAGACUCUAAGAGAGAUCAACUUCUACAAACCUAACGAGGAGACCCAUUUUAAUCAGAGCUUGAAGGAUUGGCACGUUCCGCUCAUGUAUUCGCAAGUGAUAGAAGAGACUAAUUACGUUGAGCGACGAGAAGGGGUUACAAAGUUCAACGCCACCCACAAAUGGAAGAAGCGUGGUCUCAGCAUCAUUCCUUCCAAAUUCGGAAUAAGUUUCACCGCUUUGUUUCUGAAUCAGGCAGGAGCCUUGGUCCAUGUUUAUCACGAUGGCUCAGUCCUGGUCGCUCAUGGUGGUACGGAAAUGGGACAAGGUCUUCAUACCAAAAUGAUGACGAUAGCUGCUGAAGCGUUGGGUGUCCCCCUUUCAGACAUUCAUAUCUCUGAGACUGCUACCAAUACCGUGGCAAAUACCUCAUCCACAGCUGCAUCUGCCUCUUCUGAUUUGAACGGUUAUGCAAUCUUUAACGCGUGUGCCCAAAUCAAUGAACGAUUGGCACCUUACAGAGAAAAAUUCGGCGCUGACGCUCCCUUGAAAAAGCUUGCCAGCAGUGCAUACUUUGACCGUGUCAAUCUCUCUGCAAAUGGUUUCUACAAAACACCAGACAUUGGCUAUGUGUGGGGUCCUAAUACAGGUCAGAUGUUCUUUUACUUUACGCAGGGAGUCUCGUGCGCGGAAGUGGAGGUGGAUACAUUGACGGGAGACUGGACAUGCCUGCGUGCGGACAUCAAGAUGGAUGUCGGCCGCUCGAUCAACCCUUCCAUCGACUAUGGGCAAAUUGAAGGAGCCUUCGUGCAGGGCAUGGGUCUGUUCACCAUGGAAGAGAGUUUAUGGAUGCGUGGGGGACCUCAAAAGGGAGGGCUCUUCACAAAAGGACCGGGCUCGUACAAGAUCCCCGGCUUCCGCGACAUCCCACAAGAAUUCAACGCCUCGCUGCUCAAGGAUGUGCAAUGGGAGAACCUGCGUACUAUUCAACGAUCAAGAGGCGUAGGAGAGCCGCCAUUGUUUCUGGGCAGUGUGGUUUUCUUCGCGAUCAGGGAUGCGCUGAAGGCGGCCAGGAAGCAGUAUGGAGUGCAGGCUACGAUUGGGGAGAAUGUCAAGGAUGAUGGACUGUUGAGGUUGGAGAGUCCGGCGACGGUGGAGAGGAUUAGGACAAGUUGUGUGGAUCCUAUUGUAAAGAGGGCGUUUGUCAAGCCGAAGAAGGGGGAAAAGAGCUUUUUUAUCUCGAUAUGA